AAGUCAAACAAUUUACAAUAAUCAUUUAGUAGCGAUAGGGUUGUAUUAAUUAAACUUGUACCGUUUUAAAUAUACAACAUAAUGGCCGUGGAUACAAUGAGAGAAAAAGCUUUUCAAGAUUAUAGAAAGAAGUUAAUGGAACACAAAGAAGUCGAAUCAAGAUUAAAAGACAUGCGUGAACAGUUAAAAGAUUUAACAAAGCAAUAUGACAAGAGCGAAAACGAUUUAAAAGCUUUACAAAGUGUUGGACAGAUUGUUGGUGAGGUUCUCAAGCAAUUAACAGAAGAAAAAUUUAUUGUGAAGGCAACAAAUGGACCACGGUAUGUGGUAGGGUGCCGUCGUCAAUUAGACAAAAAUAAGCUGAAGGGUGGCACAAGAGUUGCUUUGGAUAUGACAACACUGACAAUCAUGAGGCAUUUACCAAGAGAGGUUGAUCCUCUCGUGUACAACAUGAGCCAUGAAGAUCCCGGUGAUGUCACAUACUCUGCUAUCGGUGGUCUGCAGGAACAGAUCAGACAGCUGCGAGAAGUUAUAGAACUGCCUCUGAUGAAUCCAGAAUUAUUUGUCCGUGUUGGCAUUACACCACCGAAGGGAUGUUUACUGUAUGGACCUCCUGGGACCGGCAAAACUUUACUGGCCAGAGCGGUUGCAUCACAACUUGAUGCUAACUUCUUAAAGGUUGUAUCAUCGGCUAUAGUGGACAAGUACAUUGGUGAAUCAGCUCGUCUCAUCCGUGAGAUGUUCAACUACGCUCGGGACCACCAGCCUUGUAUCAUAUUUAUGGACGAGAUUGAUGCUAUUGGUGGCCGACGUUUCUCUGAGGGUACGAGCGCUGACCGUGAGAUCCAGCGUACUCUGAUGGAGCUUCUAAACCAAAUGGACGGGUUCGACUCGCUCGGUCAGGUCAAGAUCAUCAUGGCCACGAACCGUCCUGACACCCUAGACCCCGCCCUCCUCCGUCCAGGGAGACUGGACAGGAAAAUUGAGAUACCUCUGCCAAACGAACAGGCUCGGCUGGAAAUCCUGAAGAUCCACGCGGCGCCCAUCGCGAAGCACGGCGAGAUGGACUACGAGGCCGUCGUGAAGCUGUCCGACACGUUCAACGGCGCCGACCUGCGCAACGUGUGCACGGAGGCCGGUCUGUUCGCUAUCCGCGCCGAGCGGGAGUACAUUAUACAGGAGGACCUCAUGAAAGCUGUAAGAAAGGUGGCCGAUAACAAAAAACUUGAAAGCAAAUUGGAUUACAAGCCGGUGUAAUUAUAAUAUUAACAUACAUUUAUAAUGUCAUUAAUAUUCAUUUUUUAAUAAAUUUAGUUUAAAUUUC